GCUGAUGAUAAAGACACUGGGAAUUACAGUGCCAUGCAAUACAGACUCAUCAUUCCUCCAAUCAAGGAUGGUAAAGAAGGUUUUGUGAUUGAAGCUUACACAGGGCUAAUAAAAACUGCUAUGCUGUUCAAAAAUAUGAGAAGAUCCUAUUUCAAGUUUCAGGUCAUUGCAACUGACAAUUAUGGAAAAGGACUGAGCAGCAAAGCAGACGUACUUGUCUCUGUGGUCAAUCAGUUGGAUAUGCAAGUCAUCGUCUCUAAUGUUCCUCCCACCCUUGUGGAACAAAACAAAGAUCAACUCAUAGGGAUUUUGGAACGCUAUGUCCAAGAUCAGAUUCCUGGUGCGACAGUCGUGGUGGAAUCCAUCGGUGCGCGGAGGUUUGGAGAUGGGUACUCUGAAGAGGAUUACACCAAGUCUGACCUCAUGGUCUACGCAAUCGACCCGCAAACAAAUAGAGCUAUAAUGAGGAACGAACUUUUUAAGUUCCUGGAUGGCAAACUGCUGGAUAUCAAUAAAGAGUUUCAGCCAUACCUGGGGCAGGGGGGACGCAUCCUGGAGAUCCGCACCCCAGACGUGGUAGCGAAUGUCAAGAAGCAGGCGCAAGCUGUUGGCUACACGGAAGGCGCGUUACUUGCUCUGGCCGUCAUAAUCAUCCUUUGCUGUAUGCCAGCUAUUUUAAUAGUUAUGGUCAGCUACAGACAGCGACAGGCUGAAUGUGCAAAGACUGCAAGAAUCCAGAUGGCUUUACCAGCAGGCAAACCAGCAAGCACCGCUGCCAAUAACCUCUAUGAAGAGCUUGGUGACAGCACCAUGCGAGGAUACGCACAGCAAGAGCAACAGCAGUUGCUGAGACCUUCUCUUCUCAGACCAGAGGAGUUAAGUAUGGAGUCUGGAAUUGAUCCAGGGCAGGAAUACUAUGGGCAAGAUUACUACAGCUAUGAGCAUGGGUAUGAACUGCCUCAGUAUGGGAGCCGCCGCCGACUGCUGUCUCCUUCGGGGAUGUAUGACGAGUAUGGGGAAGUCAUGGUGGAGAAUGACGGUGGCUACUACUAUAGUCCACAUGGAUCAACAGCAGAAGAGGGGAUGAGUCAAGGCAGAGGUCCUUCAAGCAGAGGUAUAAGCCAGAGAGCAGGGGCUCAAAUAGACGGUAGACCUUUAGGUAGUGGGAUGGAUCUAAGACAUGGUUCUGGAAGAGCUUAUAGGACCAGCCAGGGAAAAAGGAAACUAAAAGCAGUGAUGCAUUUAAGUCGUGUAGCAGUCAGUGCUCACAAACCGGUAGGAAGAACUGAGUCCGCUCGUUCUCCAUGGAAGAAAGCAAAGAUAUUCCCGAUGAUUCUGCAGAAAGUGAAGGGCAGUAGGAAAGAUUCCAGUUACGCCAAGUUGAUGUCAGCUCGCCAAGCAGACAGUGAGAAAAGCAUGAUUAUCAGGGGAAGUUACUUCCAGAAAUCGACAGAUGACAGACCUUCGAUGAGAAAACUAAAUCACGUGUUAAAACGCAUUAGUGUCUCCAGAAAAUUUCAAGAGCCUAUUAGCAAAGACUCAGUGCAUGCAAGAGGAGAAAGACAGGAAGAGUAUGACCGAGAGGAAGAAAAAUCAGGAGUUUCUAUAAAUAUCACAGCAGAGAGUGAACACGAGGAUAGUGAUUAUGAGAAGAAGAAAAAGAAGAUAAGAAAGUACACCUCAGAUGAGUCAUCCGUGAAGAGCACUAGCUCUGGCUCGGAGUCAGAUGAUAAAGAUUACUUGAAAGUAACUCUGGACCAAGAUGAAGCCACUGAAAGUACUGUGGACUCAGAUGAAGAAACUGGGCACGAUUUUGGGGAUACUGAUGAUGACUCUGGAUCCAGCUCUAGUAGUGAAUCAGAGGAAGACUCAUCCGAAGAGGAUGAUGAUGAGGAAGACUCUGACAGUGAUGAAGAUGGUAGCCUGUCAAAGAGCUCAUCUACACAAAGUUCAUACAGCAGAUCAGGGACUAGUGAGUCCAGCAGUAGAAGCACUGAAAGGUCCAGUAUAAAAAGUAGGGGAGGUAGCUCUCGAUGCAGAACGAGGCGAUCCAGCCAGAAAUCAAGUAUCAGCUCUAAUGCAUCAGGUAGUGACAGGGACACGAGCUACAGGAAAACUUCAGGAUCCAGCUAUAAAAGCAAAACCUCCUCCGCCAGCCUUGAAAUAGAAGACACAAUAGAAGAGGUGUCAGAAGAAGAUGAACAAGAGGAUGUGGAGCAAGUCAGCGCCAGCCCUGAUGAGACAGCAAAUAAUAACUCAAAUAAGGCAGUUUCUGAAACAUCUGCCAAUGCAAAAACUGCUGCUAGUGAAGAAGACAAGAGAGGAAAAUCAGCUAGUAAUGGUGAGGAUAGUGAGGAUGAAAGCACAGAAGAGGCUGAUACAGAUGCUAGUGACAGAGAGGAAACUAUCAGUAAGAAUGAAUCUUCUUGCCUGGAAAGUGAAAUCAGUGUUACUUCCAAAGGUACUCAAGGAACAAAGAGCACAGCUAGUGCCACUUCUGGUAAAACUGCUACUUCCCCUGAUACUGAGAAUCAAAGUUCUGACACCAACAUGAAAAGAAAGAAAUGGGCCAGAAAGAAAAGGAUCAAGUUGGUAGUCGACCCAGAGUAUGAGACCAGCUCCACUGGAGAAGACAGCGCUCCCGAUUCCAGCCAGAGGAAUCGUCUUAAUAACACAAGCAUUCAAAACAACAUCAAUGGUAACAUCUACAUUGCACAGAAUGGCUCUGUUGUCAGAACCCGUCGCGUUUGCCUUGGUAAUAAUUUAAAAGUCACAUCUCCAGUGAGGCUGGGGAAGCAAUUCAAGAAACUGGACAAGCUUGCAGUGACACAUGAGGAGAAUGUCCCACUGAACACGUUGUCAAAGGGACCAUCUUCUAGUGAUAAAAAGAACACAAGACCUUGCAGUGUCUCAUUUGCUUCCUCUACUAUAGGGGCUGAAAAUCUAGUAACAAAGCCAGGGGGCUCUAAAAUGAAAAGCACAGAAGAGCAAGAAUCGGUUGUUGAUCAUGAGGAUGUCAAAGAGCCCUUGGAGUCACACAGUGAACACACACAGUCAGAUGAAGAGGAGCUCUGGAUGGGCCCUUGGAACAACCUUCACAUACCAAUGACAAAACUGUGAUUUAUUUUUUUUUUAAUUUUUACUUCAGUUUAUAAUAAACUGCGCUUUUUAUUGUCACUGAGGAAAAUGUAUGAAAUUUGUAUUGUGCACAUACGUUGUAUACUACAAACAACACGCUUUAAAGUUUAAAAACAAAAUUUGCACUCACAUUUGUACCAAUUAAUUGUCCUCCCCAACAACUAUUUUGGCAGGCUCCCAUUUCACUAAACAAUACUUCAUUUAAAUUAAUUAGGGUUUUUGGAUCUUGAUUUAUUGUUUAAUAAACAGAAAACUACUAAUAAUUGCACAGCAACAUUUGGUUAACUUUUCAGACAGUUCAAUACAUGCCUAGCUUGUUUUUCUGUAUGGUACUUGUGGCUAUACUGUUUAGAUUUGGAAAUUGUCUAUUUAUGUUCAAGAUUUAUAUCCAGAGCUCUUGAUUCUGAAUUCAGAAUAAUAAAUUUAAAAUAAAUCCAUG